AUGAGCAGCGAUGAGCGUCGAUGCUUCAUGGUGGUCGGAGCUUUGGCGAUUGUGGUGGCUGAUCUGCGAGGUUGUGGCGAUGGUGGUGGAUCUGGUGGGUUGGGAUGCGAUGGUGGUGGUGGUGGUUUUGGCUGCGGGGGUUUCAAUGGCUCCCAUUUGUUACAAAUCCACGUUUUCCCGUUUGAGGACUUAAAGUUUGAUCCACUACUGCCACUACCUCCACAACAAGCACCUCCCAAAUUUAUUGUCACACUUUCUCAGGCUCUAGACUGUUCAUCACGAAGGAAAGAGCAAUUCUCACCAUACGGACAUCCUUUCUCUGUAUAG